AGUCAUUUGCUCAUCCAGCCUUCUGUGAGGUUGGACGGACAAGGCCAAGGCACAGAGAGAGAGGGGCAACAGCAGCUCUUAGUAGAGAGAUACCGGUCCACAGAUUUACCUUAAAUCAACGUCAAUUCAAGGAUAAACAAAAAAGUUACAGCUUUGCAAAAAAAGACAAAGUGCCGGGACAAGAUGAUGACCCAGAUAGAGACAACGGUGCACUAUGACAACGGGUACGAGGAUGAAUAUAUGCUCCAGGAGGAGGAAUGGGACAGAGACAUGCUGCUUGACCCUGCCUGGGAGCAACAGCAGAGGAAAACCUUCACAGCGUGGUGUAAUUCUCAUCUGAGGAAGGCUGGGACCCAAAUUGAAAACAUUGAGGAGGACUUCAGAAAUGGAUUAAAACUCAUGCUGCUCCUGGAAGUCAUCUCAGGAGAGAGGUUACCUAAGCCAGAUAGAGGGAAAAUGCGAUUUCACAAGAUUGCUAAUGUCAACAAAGCAUUGGACUUCAUCACAAGUAAAGGAGUUAAACUGGUCUCCAUUGGAGCUGAAGAGAUUGUGGAUGGGAAUGUAAAGAUGACUCUUGGAAUGAUCUGGACCAUCAUUCUCCGCUUUGCCAUUCAGGACAUAUCUGUGGAAGAAACCUCUGCAAAGGAAGGCCUGCUCUUGUGGUGUCAGAGAAAGACUGCCCCCUACAGGAAUGUAAAUGUUCAAAACUUCCAUGUCAGCUGGAAGGAUGGCCUGGCUUUCUGCGCCCUGAUUCAUAGACACAGACCAGAUCUCCUCGACUUCUCUAAGCUCAACAAGGAUGAUCCUCUGGGGAACCUGAACCUGGCUUUUGACAUAGCCGAAAAACACCUGGACAUUCCUAAAAUGCUGGACGCAGAAGAUAUCAUCAAUACCCCCAAGCCUGAUGAGAGGGCCAUCAUGACCUACGUGUCAUGCUUUUACCACGCAUUUGCUGGAGCUGAACAGGCAGAGACAGCAGCCAACAGGAUCUGCAAGGUCCUUGGUGUUAACCAAGAGAAUGAGAAACUGAUGGAGGAAUAUGAGAGACUGGCAAGUGAGCUGCUGGAGUGGAUCCGCCGCACCACUCCCUGGCUGGAGAACCGGACCCCUGAAAAAACCAUGGCAGAGAUGCAGCGGAAACUAGAGGACUUUAGGGACUACAGGCGACAACACAAACCUCCCAAAGUUCAGGAGAAGUGUCAGCUGGAGAUCAACUUCAACACCCUGCAGACCAAGCUGCGCAUCAGCAAUCGUCCUGCUUUUAUGCCUUCUGAAGGGAAGAUGGUUUCUGAUAUAGCCAGUGCCUGGCAGGGCCUGGAGCAGGCAGAGAAAGGCUUUGAGGAGUGGCUUCUGACUGAAAUACGACGACUUGAGAGACUAGAUCAUCUCGCUGAAAAAUUUCGCCAAAAAGCCACCAACCAUGAGAAUUGGGCUUGUGGUAAAGAGCUGAUCCUCACCCAGAAGGACUAUGAGACUGCCACCUUGACAGAAGUCAGAGCGUUGCUUCGCAAACAUGAGGCCUUUGAGAGUGAUCUGGCAGCCCACCAAGACCGAGUGGAGCAGAUUGCUGCCAUUGCACAGGAACUGAAUGAGCUGGAUUACCAUGACAUUGCCUCUGUAAACCAGCGUUGCCAGGGCAUCUGUGACUUGUGGGAUAAAUUGGGAACCUUGACUCAGAAGAGGAGGGAGGCACUAGAGCGCACAGAGAAGUUGUUGGAAACUAUUGACCAGUUGUUCCUUGAGUUUGCCAAAAGGUCAGCUCCUUUUAACAACUGGAUGGAAGGAGCUAUGGAGGAUCUGCAGGACAUGUUCAUAGUUCACACUAUUGAGGAGGUCCAGAGUCUAAUUGCUGCUCAUGAGCAGUUCAAAGCAACUCUGCCUGAGGCAGACACAGAGAGACAGGCCAUUUUAGGAAUCCACAACGAGGUGCAAAAGAUUUCCCAAAGCUAUGGGAUUAAGGCAAACCUCAUCAACCCUUACAGCACCAUUUCAACAGAGGAGCUUCUUAACAAGUGGGAGAAGGUAAAGAAGCUGGUUCCUCAGAGAGAUGGUUCUCUCCAGGAGGAGAUGGCACGCCAGCAUGCCCAUGAAAGACUGAGACGCCAGUUUGCUGCUCAGGCCAAUCUGAUUGGACCAUGGAUUCAAACCAGGAUGGAGGAAAUUGGGCGUUGCUCCCUGGAGAUUGGAGGCACGCUGGAGGACCAGAUGACCCAGCUAAAGCAAAUGGAGCAUGUGAUCAUUGCAUACAAGCCAAACAUUGACAAGUUGGAAGGAGACCACCAACUUAUCCAAGAGUCACUCAUUUUUGACAACAAACACACCAAUUACACCAUGGAGCACAUCCGAGUGGGAUGGGAGCUGCUCCUCACCACCAUCGCUCGAACCAUUAAUGAGAUGGAGACCCAGAUCCUGACACGGGAUGCCAAGGGCAUCAGCCAGCAGCAGAUGAAUGAGUUCAGAUCUUCUUUCAAUCACUUUGACAGGAAGAAGAAUGGAGCAAUGGAAACGGAUGACUUCAGAGCCUGUCUCAUCUCAAUGGGUUAUGACUUGGGAGAGGUGGAGUUCGCUCGCAUAAUGAUGCUGGUGGAUCCAAAUGCAACUGGGAUUGUCUCCUUCCAGUCUUUCAUUGACUUCAUGACCAGAGAGACGGCUGAUACAGACACUGCCGAGCAGGUUGUGGCAUCCUUCCGGAUCUUGGCAGCUGAUAAGCCCUACAUCCUCGUGGAUGAGCUCAGGAGAGAACUUCCUCCCGAACAGGCGGAGUAUUGCAUCAUGAGGAUGCCGCCUUACAAAGGGCCCGGAGCUCCACCUGGAGCGCUAGACUACACCGCCUUCUCCACCGCCCUUUAUGGAGAAAGUGACCUUUAACUUGAGAAGACGACCUUUCAUUGGGUCAUUUUCCCUCACUCUUCCCACUCUGUAUCAUUUAACAAAAUGAACCACAUGUUUAGUUAGAUAAAAGCUUUGUCAAGACUUGGAUGCACCACUCACCUGUGCUUUUUUUUUUUUUUCUAAGAAAAAAAAAGAAAUAUCAAAAUACCUUUUUUUUUCCCUUUUUUUUUUUAAAGAAAAGUACAACAAAUUGAGGAGAAAAAAUAAUUCAGUACUGUUUUAGAGUAAAAUUUUCAUCUGGAAAAUCAAUAAAAUCUUUCAUAAUGAUGUCCGUAUGAGGAACUCUAAGAUUUGGAUAGACAUAGUUUCAUCUGAUACUUUAAAACAACCCUUUCUAUUUUAAAAAGAUAAUAUGACAACAUGCAGAUACUGUACGCAUCACAAGCCCAGACCUCAAACAAAACAUGUUGUUUCCUUUGAAAGGUUAGUCUCAAAAAUGACCAGACACUAUUGAAAAAGACUCAAAUUAUAAAAUCAGAAAAGGCUAAUUAAGCAUAAACUGGCAGUUGCUUUUGCACCAUUUGUAAACAUCAAUUAAUUACUUGUUAUUCCACAUCAAAUGAAGCCCAAAACUUUGGAAUUUGUGUCUUUAAAAUUCAGGGAUUCUGAAGUUGACUUGUGAGGAUUUCAAAGAAGAUUCACCUAAAUUAGAAGGUAAGGCAAAACUCAUAACCAAUAUAGUGUUUACCAGGAAAUCAGUGCUAUAAUUUGUCCUAUUUCUGUUUCCAAUUGUUUUCAUGUAUCAUCACAGUGGCUCUGUUUUGACAAUUUUCUUUGAUGAUACACGAUUUUAAACUGUCUACAAUGAAUUAUAGUUUGGAAAAAGCAAUUUCAGACCCACUGAUAUCCAUCAAUAAACAAAAGGUUCCCAAAUGGCUAGAAAUAUGCAUCACCAAACGGAGUGGAAAAUUGAAAACCGCAUGAAUGGGAAAGUAAAUAUUUACAAAGGCUUGGUGCUUUACAGAAAACACAGAAGAUUAAAUAUGCAGUAUUCAUUUUUGGGUGUACUGUUGGAUAAAACAUUAUUUGGCAGCAGCAGACUAAUUUGUUCACACAGAAAUGCAAAAUAGCUGCUUAGAAAAGCACUUAGUUUUGCAAUAAAAUUACAAGUUUUUUUUUUAUUUCUACAUUAGCUUAUAAACAUUUGUGGAAAUCACCAAAACAGUAAUAGUAUCUCUACCUCUAUGUAGUUUUCUGUUCAUGAUCAAACCUGCUGAAUAAAAAUAACUGCCUGUGCAGCAUUAGAAAGGCUACCUUUGCUUUGCAUGCAUUUAAAAUUGGUUUCCAUAAAUAAAGUAAACUAUUUUACCAGUUGACUAUGAGUAUGGCCUUAUAAUACCAUAUGAGAUCAUUGAUUGAAGUUUUUUAUUUUACUAUUUUUAAUGUCUUUUAUUGGCUUUAACAUUUUUAUAAUGUUCCAUAAGUUUUUUUUUUUUUUGUCAAAAACAUAUACAAGUCAAGGUACAUGUUGGGACUCGUAGAUUCCCCUGAAAUGAAAAUAUUUUACCCUGUUAUCAUAAACCAUUUGUACAUCAUAUUAAUGAAUAACUUCAAUAAAGCAUUGUUGCCAAAUUAAACUUUUA